CUUAAUCGUAAUUUACGAUAAUAAUUCGUAAAGAAAUUUAAAAAAUGAUUAAUAAUUUUUUACGAAUUUCUAACAUAUACACAAGAGGUCACUGACAAGAACUACAAUUAAUGGAAGGUCAAGUUUGAUUAUGAGUAUUAAAACAUUGAGCUUAUGAAUUAAUUUUAUUAAAACAACUGAAUGGAGCAAGAAAAUGGUAAUUACAGAGACAUUUCAAAUCAGAAGAUUCCAUCGAAAAUCGAAAUACCUUUAUUUCAUGUUCGACAGAGGUAUAAUUGGGACUGCGGCGUUUCGGCCGUGAUGAUGGUCUUGUGUGAAGAAGAUCAAAAGUAUUUAUUAGAAAAUUUAGAAAAAAUUUCAUCUGAAGAAGAAUUUGAAAAAAGUACAUGGACUAUUGACUUAGCGUAUCUGUUGUUAAGAUUUGGCAUUCGUCAUCUGUACUGUACCAUAACCUGGGGUGUUAAUCCUGGUUAUACUAGAGAGACAUUUUACGAGCAAGUUCUUUCGAGAGACGAACAACGGGUCAGCGAAAAAUUCUCUCGUGCGACGGAAAUCGGAGUCAAUGUACAAUUGAGGUCUGUGGAUUUGUCCGAAAUAUUGUUACAGUUACAAUUAGGAAAUCCGGCGAUUAUAUUAGUAAAUGCAAAUCUUCUUUAUUGUGAAAAAUGUCAUUUUAAGUGUGUGCCUCAGCUUUUAAAUUGGUGUUGCAUGUUCUCUUAUCAAGGCCAUUACAUAGUGGCGUGCGGCUAUAAUAUGACGGAAAAGAAAAUUUUAUAUAGAAAUCCCACGCUCACUAAUAAAAUAUGCAUCAUGCCUUUUGAAGAUUUUGAUAAAGCAAGGAGAAGUUUUGGAACGGACGAAGAUGUCAUCUUCGUGUACAAAAACAGAUGAUUAUGAUUACGUUUCAUA